UCCUCUGAGGGUCGUGGGCAGACGCCAUUUUCGCCCCAGAGGUGCUUCUGGGAAGUAGAGCGCGGAUCCACACGCCUGCCCGCUUGCCAGGUACGGCCUCUUGUGCCGGGGCUUUUAGGUCCAAGUGUUUGCGCCUGCCGCUGCUGCUGUUUUAUUCUCCGCACUCUCGAAACCCUCUAGUCGAGCGGGAGCUUCUGAGCAUCGGGCCGCGCCAUCGGGGGGUCACAUCGCCUGGAAGGAGGUGACGGGGGCGGCGCGGGGCGCGGACACUCCCCGCCGAGAGCCCGCCUGCCAUGGAUUCGGAAUAUUACAGCGGCGACCAGUCAGCAGAUGAUGGUGGCGCUACCCCAGUACAGGAUGAACGGGAUUCAGGGUCAGACGUUGAGGAUGAUGUAAAUGAGCAGCACUCUGGAUCAGACACUGGAAGUGUAGAACGUCAUUCAGAGAAUGAACCUAGUGAUCGAGAGGAUGGCCUCAACAAAAGGCACCAUGUGACAGAUUCUGAGAAUGAUGACCCCUCAAAUCUUAAUGCCAGUGACUCUGAAAGUGAGGAGCUUCAAAGGCAGAAGGACAGUGACUCUGAAUCUGAAGAGCACGCAGAGCCUCCUCCAAGUGAUUCUGAAAAUGAGGACACUAAUCAGCAUGGGAGUGACUCUGAGAGUGAGGAGACCAGGAAGUUACCUGCCAGUGACUCUGAAAAUGAGGAACUUCUUAAUGGGCAUGCAAGUGACUCAGAAAAUGAAGACGUUAGAAAGCAUCCUGCCAGUGAUUCAGAAAUGGAAGAGCUCCCCAAAAGUCCUGCCAGUGACUCUGAAACAGAGGAUGCUCUAAAACCUCAGAUCAGUGACUCUGAAAGUGAGGAACCUCCACGGCACCAACCCAGUGAUUCUGAAAACGAGGAGCUUCCCAAACCUCGAAUUAGUGAUUCUGAAAGUGAGGAGCUUCCUAAGCCUCGGGUCAGUGACUCGGAAAGUGAGGAGCCUCAGAGGACUCAGGCCAGUGACUCUGAAAAUGAAGAGCUUCCCAAACCCCGUAUCAGUGACUCAGAAAGUGAGGACCCGCCAAGGCACCAAGCCAGUGACUCAGAAAAUGAGGAGCUUCCCAAACCCCGUAUCAGUGACUCAGAAAGUGAGGGUCCCCCAAGGCAUCAAGCCAGUGACUCAGAAAAUGAGGAGCUUCCCAAACCCCGGAUUAGCGAUUCAGAAAGUGAGGACCCCCCAAGGAACCAGGCCAGUGAUUCAGAAAAUGAGGAGCUUCCCAAGCCCCGAGUCAGUGACUCUGAGAGUGAGGAGCCUCAGAAGGGACCUGCCAGUGAUUCUGAAACUGAGGAUGCCUCCAGACACAAACAGAAGCCAGAGUCAGAUGAUGACAGCGAUGGGGAGAAUAAGGGAGAGGAUACAGAAAUGCAAAACGACUCCUUUCAUCCAGAUAGCCAUGUAGACAGAAAAAGGAUCCAGAGUUCUGACAGCGAGGAAGAAGAACCCAAAAGGCCAAAAAUUGACAGUGAUGAAGAUGAAGAAAAGGUGGGGGAGGAGGAGAAAGUAGCGAAGCGAAAAGCUGCUGUACUUUCUGACAGUGAAGAUGAAGAGAAAGCAUCAAAGAAGAGUCGUGUUGUCUCUGAUGCAGAUGACUCUGACAGUGAUGUUAUAUCAGACAAAUCAGGCAAAAGAGAGAAGACUCUAGCAUCUGACAGUGAAGAAGAAGUAGGGAAAGAAGAGUUGUCUGAUAAGAAAAAUGAAGAGAAGGAUCUGUUUGGGAGUGAUAGUGAGUCGGGGAAUGAAGAAGAAAAUCUUAUUGCAGACAUAUUUGGAGAAUCUGGCGAUGAAGAGGAAGAAGAAUUUACAGGUUUUAACCAAGAAGAUUUAGAAGAAGAAAAAAGUGAAACACAGGUAAAAGAAGCAGAAGAUUCAGAUUCUGAUGAUAACAUAAAGAGAGGAAAACAUAUGGACUUUCUGUCGGAUUUUGAGAUGAUGCUGCAGCGGAAAAAGAGCAUGAGUGGCAAGCGCAGGCGUAACCGUGAUGGUGGUACUUUUAUUAGUGACGCUGACGACGUAGUGAGUGCCAUGAUUGUCAAGAUGAAUGAGGCUGCUGAGGAAGACAGACAGUUGAACAAUCAAAAAAAGCCAGCACUGAAAAAAUUAACAUUAUUACCUACUGUGGUCAUGCACCUUAAGAAGCAGGACCUUAAAGAAACAUUUAUCGACAGUGGUGUGAUGUCUGCCAUCAAAGAAUGGCUCUCCCCUCUACCGGAUAGGAGUUUGCCAGCAUUAAAGAUUCGAGAGGAGCUGUUGAAGAUUCUGCAAGAGCUACCUAGUGUGAGCCAGGAGACCCUGAAGCAUAGUGGGAUUGGACGAGCAGUGAUGUAUCUCUAUAAACACCCCAAGGAAUCAAGGUCCAACAAGGAUAUGGCAGGGAAAUUAAUCAAUGAAUGGUCUCGGCCUAUAUUUGGUCUUACCUCAAACUACAAAGGUAUGACAAGAGAAGAAAGAGAGCAGAGAGAUCUAGAACAAAUGCCUCAACGACGGAGAAUGAACAGCACCGGCGGUCAGACACCCCGAAGAGACCUGGAAAAGGUGCUGACAGGAGAAGAGAAGGCUCUCAGACCUGGAGAUCCUGGAUUCUGUGCCCGUGCGAGGGUCCCCAUGCCCUCAAACAAGGACUACGUUGUCAGACCUAAGUGGAAUGUGGAAAUGGAGUCAUCCAGGUUUCAGGGGACCUCCAAGAAGGGUAUCAGUCGACUGGAUAAACAAAUGAGAAAGUUCACAGAUAUCAGGAAAAAAAGCAGAUCUGCACACGCAGUGAAAAUCAGCAUCGAGGGCAAUAAAAUGCCAUUGUGACCUUGCCUGGGAUGUGUCCCCAUCUCUAAGAAAUGCGCAAUGGACUCUUUGGAGAAAGAAGAUGAUAUUUUAAAAAAUUUUUUAGUGUAUCUGUAAAUGGUUCUGCUUAUAUCAGAUGUUGUCAUAGGAUUCGCAUUUCUCUCACUUGUAUUUAAAACUGUUUGUUGUGUACUUUGUACAGAAGAAUACUAGUCAUACUUCUAUAAACUUUACACAAUAAAGUUUCAUUCUGGUUUUGGGGGGCUGUCUCUUCAUUGUCUUAGAGGAUGUCUUCUCAGUGGGGGUGAAAAUUGGUUCUUGGUGAAGGGGAAAAAAAUCUUAGAUAUUACAGUGGUUUGUGACCCUUCCAUCUUCCAUGUUCAGCCUUCCUGACUGGUAUAAUAAGGGAUUUGGUCUCUGUUUUGGGUUCCUGACAAGGAGCUUCUAAAACCCUUGGCAUUUCCUGGGUGAUAAGGUUUUUGUGAUGCUAAUGAGGUGACUCUUGGUAGGCCCCUAGACAACUUUGGAAUGGGGGCUGUCACCAGAAAGAUCUACCAGGUAAUUCAAGGGUUGGGAUUUUGGGCAGGCCUGACGAGUUGGAGUGAGGGGAUUGAGUUCAGUCAUGUGCCCAAUGAUGUAAUUGGUCGUACCUGAAUAGUGAAACCCCAGUUAAAAACUCUGGACACUCAAGCUCACUGGGGCUUCCAGAUUGGUGAGCACAGUGAUAAGCUGAGAUGAUGAUGUGCCUUCAUUCCACAAAGAGAGGGUAUGGAAGCUCUCUUUCCUCCCAGAACUCACCCCGUGUCUCUUCCUGGUCCUCCUACUUUGAGUCCUUUGUAAUAAAACUAAUCAUAAACAUAGUG